AAUCGCAGUUGCUCUCUCGCGAGCCACUUUAGGCCACACUCUCGACCAUAAUGUGUUCCCGACUACUCCUAUUGAACGGCUGGGGUCUCAGUCGUAUUUGAAACUUGGCGACGCACGGUUUACUUUUCAGUUUUUCAGUUUUCACUCAAUCCAAUCGCUGCCGAGUGUGCCGAGUGUGCGAGUGCAAGUGUGUGUGCUGUAUAUAAAUUGUUGCGAAUAAACAAACAAACAUCAACAGCAACAACAAUCAUAAGUUCAUAUCAAGCAAAGCAUUCAUUAUACUUGCUUAUAAACAAAAAUCCCACUCACUGCUAGAUCGAUACACAUACUAUAUAGUACAUACUAUAUAUCCACAUCUCUAGCUAUACUCAAAACUGGCCAAAAGUCACUAAAAAUAGCCGCGGAAAUCGAUAAAUAAAUAAAGAAGAGUACACAAUUUCUACCACACCUCAGAAAGUUCCUUCUCCUCCCACAAAAAAAAAUCCCCAAAAGAAACGAAAUUUUUAAUUGCGACUUUGUGAAAAGAAAUAAACUGAAACAAGAGCGAAAAAUAAUGCAAAUAAUGUUACGCCAAUAAUUCGCGACAAUUGAUAAUUGACACAAGCAACAAUUAAGCAAUACUCACAGCUAUUGACAAUAUUAAAAUGUUCGCAAGAUGUUUACCCAUUGCCCUGCUCCUGGUGCUUCUGAUGCUGCUCCAGCUGGCAGACGGCGAAAGGAUUCGGGAGUUUCGCCAUAAUCAACAGUCACAAUCACAAUCACAGUCACCGCCACCACAAUCCCAAUCGCAGUCCCAGGCGUUGUCGCUGUCGCUCUCGGAAUGCGCCGCCAAACAGGGGGAGUGCGACGACAGCGAGGGUCCCGUUUGUGGCACCGAUGAUCAGACCUAUCCCACGAGGUGUCACCUGCAGCGGGUCCAGUGCAGCGGUCACCAGGUCAGCCUCAAGCAUCGCGGCAACUGCAAGGGCUGCCUGGCUGCGAGGCAGUACGCUGUUCGGGAGAGCGUGCGCAAGCCGAAAAUCUUUUUGCCCCGGUGUCGCAGCGAUGGCAACUAUGCGGCGGUGCAGUGUCUGACCGGUACAGGUUGCUGGUGCAGUGACAGCAAUGGGCAUCCCAUCAAGGAUACUUCGAGGCGUCGGGGCAAGCCCAAGUGCGGACAGUACAAGCGGAAUAAUCGCCGCCGGUCGCCGCCACGCCCCGAGAUGGAUGCGGCCAAUAGCAGUGAAGGAGGCGGAUCGGGACAUCGGAGUUGCAGUAAAACGGAUCGCAUGGCAUUCAACAAUCAUCUAAUCGAAGUGUUUCGAAGUGAAAUGCUGCGCAUUGGCAAAUUGACAGCGGCCAGCGAUGCCGCUGUGUUGGAUUGGAAGUUUACGCAGUUGGAUGGGAGUCGCAAUCAAUUGCUGGACAGGCAAGAAGUGCGUGAGCUGAAGAAGCUCUUGAAGCGGGCGGUGAAGCCCAGACGAUGUGGACGUGCCUUUGGCAAGUACUGCGAUGUCAACAGAGACGAUAGCCUGUCGCGCCUGGAGUGGAGCAACUGCCUGGCCAAAGAUGCCAGCCAACUUCUGAAUCCCAAGGAUGAGACAGCGAACAAUGAGAGCGAAGGAGAGGCCAAUUGCUGGACGGAUCAGGAGCUGGCACGCGAGGAACAGCGCCAUGGCGGCAAUAGCUCCUUCUAUGUGCCCGAGUGCAUGGCCGAUGGUCGCUAUAAGCGUGUCCAGUGCUACAGCUCCAUCUGCUGGUGUGUCAAUGAGGAAACGGGCAAGAGUAUAACAGGAACCUUUGGCCAAAAGCGACCGCAAUGCGAUGAAGUGACCGCUGUGCGACCGAUGAAAGGUUGUACGGGACCACGGAAGACGCAGUUCCUCAAGGAGCUGAAAGAGUUUCUCAACACAAAAGUGCUGCCCAGCAGUAAUACAGGCCGUGACUCGACCUUGUGGAAGUCGGAAGAUGAGCGCAUUGCCACGCUGAGUUUUGUGUUUUUGGACAAGAACAAGAACAAGUCGUGGGAGCGCAAGGAAUGGAAGGUCUUCCGAGAUCUGGUCACCAGCGCCAGCAAUUUGAAUAAAUGUGGCAAGAAAAUGCCUCGUUACUGUGAUGUGAAUGGCGAUAAGAAGAUCUCAUUAUCCGAGUGGGUCAACUGUCUGCAGUCCCAGCGAGUGGAGAUUACAACCACAGCGAAGCCGCCACAGUCAAAUGAAAUGGGCACGUCCCGGCUUCAGGGAUCAAAUCCGCUGGAGCAAUAUCUUAAAGAUUAGUUUAUAGUGGAAGAAAUGUUGCUUGUUUUGUGCUGCUACUCAUUAGAUGUCGUCGUGCCAUGUUGCGUGGAGAAAGGAGCUUUGAAUAUAUCCACCCACUCAUAUACACACACACUCACUCACCCACACAUACACACACUCACAUUCCUAGCAUAUAGAUUCUACGAUUUACAUGUAUAUGUAAUUAGUGUUGUAAAUAUUAUUCGGUAUAUAAAUGUUUAGGUUAA